UACUAGUCACUCUCUCGAACGCUUUCUGCUGAAAGCAAGUUUGAUGGUUCCGCUUCUAUCCUGCAUUCAACGCAGUGGACUGUUUUCUCGAUAUAGUAGGUUUAUUAAAGAGGAAUACUGAUUUAAAAGGAUUUCAUCUCAAGCUUCCCUUAGGAAAGCCAGUUAACUUGCAUAUAGCGUAAAAUUUAUGGCAUCUAAAUAAACAAGCUCCAGUGGCCAUCAACAUGUCAGUGCGGUCAGAGGGGGCCCAGCGAAAGUGGGCAGCCCUGCGAGGGAGUCUGGGCUCCUCCCAGGACUCGGACUCCCAGCAGGAGGCCAAUCUGGAGAGCGCCGACCCGGAGCUGUGCAUCAGACUGCUGCAGGUCCCCACCGUGGUCAACUACUCGGGCCUGAAGCGGCGACUGGAGGGCAGCGACCAGGGAUGGAUGGUGCAGUUCCUGGAGCUGAGCGGGCUGGACCUGCUGCUGGAGGCUCUGGACCGGCUGUCGGGGCGCGGCUGUUCCCGGAUUUCAGACGCCCUGCUGCAGCUCACCUGCGUCAACUGCGUGCGCGCGGUCAUGAAUUCCUCCGCCGGCAUCCACUUCAUCGUGGAUAACGAGGGCUACGUCCGCAAGCUGUCACAAGCUUUGGACACCUCCAACACCAUGGUGAAGAAGCAAGUAUUUGAGCUGCUGGCUGCCCUCAGCAUGUUCUCUUCAGGAGGCCACAACCUGGCACUGGAUGCAUUAGAUCACUAUAAGGCAGUGAAGACACAGCAGUACCGUUUCAGUGUUAUCAUGAAUGAGCUGCAUGCCACGGACAACGUCCCCUACAUGGUUACCCUCCUCAGCGUCAUCAACGCACUCAUCUUCGGGGCUGAGGAGUUGAGGCAAAGGGACAAAUUGCGGAAGGAGUUUGUUGGGCUACAGCUGUUGGAUAUAUUGCCGAAAUUAAGAGAGCAGGAUGAUGAAGACUUGAUUAUCCAGUGUGAAGCAUUUGAGGAAACCAUGGCUGAGGAUGAGGAGGAACUGCUUCGAGUUUAUGGGGGUAUCGACAUGAGUAACCACCAGGAGGUGUUCACCACUCUCUUCAACAAAGUCAGCAGCUCUCCAGCCUCUCUCCAGCUGCUGUCCAUUCUGCAGGCCCUGCUGCUGCUGGGUUCAGACCGGCCUGAUGUGUGGGAGGCCCUGGAGCUCCUCACCAACAGAGCCACCCUGCUGGCCCAGGACUCUGAGAUUGACUCUUCUGAGAAGAUUAUGGAACGCCUGGCAUUCUUCAAGGGUCAGUCCAGUGUUCAGCACGUUGUAGAUGGUCAGCAGACGAAGAGGUUGGACAAGGCGGUUCAGACCGAUGUCCCUGACUGUGGUCUGCAGAAAGCAUCGGACAGUGAAAAGAGCACAGCAGUGACAUCACCUCCACCUCCACCACCACCACCACCACCCCCUCCUCCUCCCCUCCCUCCGCCUAACAUGGCAGGGGCGCCCCCUCCUGCCCUACCUCUGCCCGCUAUGGGAAAUGGGAUGCCUCCCCCACCGCCACCUCCUCCGCCCUUACCCGGGAUGGUGCCGCCACCUCCUCCACCUCCACUGCCUGGUGGUUCAGGAGUGCCACCUCCUCCACCUCCACUUCCUAUGCCAGGAAUGGGGAAUGUUGGUGUGCCACCACCUCCACCCCUCCCAGGCAUGCCUGGGCUGCCGCCUCCGCCUCCUCCGCCCCCCGGCAUGGGGGACGUAGUGGUGGCUCAGAGCAGCCAGCCCCUAGGGCGCUCCCUCUCUCUCCCACUGGCAAUGGGACGCUGUCCCACACUGCGGAUGAAGAAGUUAAACUGGCAGAAACUCCCCUCCAGGGUGGUGACAGCCAGCCAGUCGAUGUGGACAUCCGUGCAGGUGGACAGUGCCCUGACACCAGACUAUUGCAGCAUUGAGCAGCUCUUCUGCCUGCCUGUGGCUGAGCACAAAGAGAAGGGGGCUGCUCCUGUGGUCAGAAAGGAGCCCAAAGAGAUAUCUUUCAUCGAUGCCAAGAAAAACUUGAAUUUGAACAUAUUCCUGAAACAAUUCAAAUGUUCCAACGAAGACUUUGUUGCCAUGAUUCAGAAUGGGGACCGGACCAAGUUUGACGUGGAGAUUCUGAAGCAGCUUCAGAAGCUUUUGCCUGAGAAGCACGAGAUUGAAAACCUGAAGUCCUUUCAAGGGGAAAGAGACAAGUUGGCCAAUGUAGACAAGUACUUCAUCCAACUCCUGGCUGUCCCAUGUUAUCAGCUGAGGAUUGAGUGCAUGCUGUUGUGUGAAGAGGCCGUCUCUGUACUGGAGAUGCUGAAACCCAAAGCGGUGCUUGUGGACCGGGCGUGUGAAAGUCUGAGGGUGAGCACUCAGCUGCCCAGCUUCUGCAGACUCAUCCUCAAUGUUGGAAACUUUCUCAACUAUGGAAGUCACACAGGGAACGCAGAGGGGUUCAAGAUCAGCACUCUGCUAAAGCUGACUGAAACAAAGGCCAACAAGUCCCGCAUCACCUUGCUCCAUCACAUCCUGGAGGAAGCUGAGAUAAAUCACCCUGGCUUGUUAAAUCUCCCAGAUGACAUUGAAAUUUGCGAAAAAGCUGCAGGAGUGAAGUUGGAGUCUAUCCAAUCUGAAUCUAGCUCUCUCCUCAAACGCCUGAAAGACACGGAGAAAAAGGUAUCCUCAUCUGUGGAGGAUGUAAAGGAGCAGUAUUUAACUCUUAUUCAGGGUAAUAUUGAGGCUUGUAAGGACUUGGAAGAGCAUUUUGCUGCGAUUGAAAAGAGCAGAGAAGACCUGGCACUGUAUCUGUGUGAAGACACAGCCAAACUUUCGCUGGAGGAGCUCUUUGGCACUAUUAAGGCCUUCCGCGGCCUCUUCAUUAAGGCCAUCAAGGAGAACCAGACCCGCAAAGAACAAGCUGCUAAGGCAGAGAAGAGAAAGAAGCAGCUGGCUGAGGAGGAGUCUAAGAGACAGAAGGGGGAGAACGGAAAGAUAAUACGGAAAGGUCCCCCACCACAGGAAGACGGCUGCAUCAUUGACCAUUUGCUGUCGGACAUCCGGAAGGGCUUCCAGCUGAGGAAGACGCGGCCAAGGUGCGAAACGGAAAGCCUUCCCUCUAGUGAAAUGCGUAGGGAUAACGGCCAGCCUGCGCCAGGUCCAAAUGUCAGUCCUGCAGGAGGAGAAGCAGGAAUCUUGACUCCAGACAUCACCCCCAGUCAAACCCAGGCAAACGGAAGCACGACCAUGGAACCCCAAGAAGGACCAGCAAUGCCGCCAGCCACUGAUUCGCAGGCCAAACCCCUGGAUACGCCUCAGCCAGACCUCCCUAUAGAACAGCCACCCAAGCAUGAAGUGCAAGUUACUAACCCAACCACAGAAUCCAGUCCUACCAGUCUCCGAGGGAGCAAACUCCCGAAAGAGAACCACAACAGCAACAACAGCCAAGAGACAGAGGGCGCUGCCUCAUUCGACCACCCAGUCGAAGAGCUGCAGGGGGACACUAACGAGCACCACUCUGUUGCUCUCAAUGGCGCUCAUGCGGACGUGAACGGCAAUGGCAGCUGUGAACACGUCGAAUGCGUCCCCCUAAGUAUCGGUGAUGGCGGCCCAGGGAAUGCACGUAUGGACAACAAUGGCAGUGACCCGUCCAGUAACAUUGCCGAGAGUCUGCGGGAAUAUGACGUGCCUGAUGGAGUCGGUCCAGAAGACCCUCCCUCAAUGGAAAUUGAACCGGUGCCUCCCACCGCAGAAGACAUCCAUGAAUCAGAAGUGAAAAAACAGCAGAAACGCUCAAAAAGAAAUAAAAAGAACAGUGGUGAAGACCGUAACAAUGGAAACCGCCGUACUAAACGUAGAAUGGAGUGUGUGUUACACUAAGGUUACUCCAAGAAGAAGACUAAAGGCAGGAAGAAAUUCUGAGUUGGAAGUACUUAAGUUAUCUGAGGACAACAAAGUGAAUUGGACACUGCCAACAUUUGACGAUGGUGUAUAUAAGCAUAUAUAAUAUAAAUAUUUUAGGUUACUUUUAUGGAGCAAGCUUUCAGAGUGCCAAAGAGAUUGGCCUAGAAAAUAUUAAUUACUUGAGAAAUGUUACAAGUGGGCUCUGCAUUUUGUACUUUUUAGAGCAUUAAAAAUGAAGAUGUCAGCAGGUUGAAUAGCUGGGGACCGAUGUGCUGUGUGCAGAGUGAGCAGUAACUUUGGCUGCAGGUAUAUGUUCACAGCCCUGUAGAAUUGCUUAAAUACAGCUGUGUUUAAGAAUGCUACUCUGACCUUGCUCUGCACAGUUGCAUUAACCUUUCACCCAAGAAAAAUUUAAUUUACACUGAAAUGAGGAUUGUACCAUAGGAUUAGAUAUAAACUUUUUAAUGCUUUUAUGUGUUUCUUCAAUGUCUGAAAGCAAGCACAAUGGCAAAGCAAUUUAUUUUGAGAACAUAAUAUGAUACUAACUGAAGGACUAUCUGAAGGACAUUGGGUCACCACUGAAAUGUAUAAAAUCUGUGGAAUGCGUGUGUGGGACCAGUUUCUUUUUGGUCAAUGUGUGUCAAUGCAAAGCAUGUUUGUAUUAUUCCUUCAAAUUUGCACUGCUUCAUUUUGAUAAUGUAAACAAAAUUAAUGAAGGCCACACAUUUAAAAAAAAUACAGUGUUCACCAGAAUUCAGAUGUUAAUCAGAAAUGUGGGUGACAUGCCUUUUAUUCAUCCAGGUCCAUAUCAUUUAAACUCUGUUUUGUAUAUUUAUAUUGUGUAUGAACUGGAUGCUUUAUGAAAAUGGUCAGAAAUUAUUUUAAAAAUGUUUUAUCUGAUCAUACGAUACAAAUUACUGGCAACAAGUACAGUAGAUUGUGAAAUACGAUCUAAAAUAAAGGUAUAGUAAACGUA